AAUUCGCAAGCGGUUCGAUACAUUAAAAUCAUUCCAAAAUAAUGUGAAUAAAUAUAAUUAGAAUUGUAGACAGCAUAACUAAAUAUUAAGAAUGUGUUAAGACAAAGUUUUAUGUGAAAACAAACGGAUAAACAAAUAAAUAGAGUGUCGCUUACAUUGCACGUGAAUAUGGAUGAACGUAAGAUCUUAUUUUUUAUAUUCUUUCUUAUUAUUUACUGUCUGUACAACGUAAACAUGUGGUUAAUGGGGAUAAACAAUCGCGAAACACUAACAGAAACAAAACAGCAGCCAGAAAUAAAACGAUUUAUCCCUGAAAAAUCAACAGAGCGCAAACCGAUUCCAUUAUUCUUCAAAGACGCAUGCAGCGUUUUAGAUAUUUUUACGAAGGCGCCUAAAUUUAUUUAUAAACCCAAAGUAAAGAAACGCAAAACAAUGGAUACCGCAAAUAAUACAAUAUCAAUGAUAGGAAUAACAGUGUUUCUAGUUAUACUAGUUUUGAACGCUGCUAUAGAAGUGAUCAAAGAGAAAGAGGAAAGAAAGAAGAAAUCUGUACCAGAAUUAGAUAGGAGACAAUCUCUAGCAGAAUUUGCGAAUAAAAAACCACUUAGACGUGAAUCUAGUAAGUUUGGCCCGCAACUAUUCCAAAUUGAUGAGUCGAUGGGAAAUGAUUCAGAAGAUAAAGACAGCCGUCGUAGAACCAGGCCAUACACAAGAGGAGAAUCGAUAAACUCUUAUCUAAGUGAUAAGAAACAAGAGGUGGAGACAGCGCCUGGCUCAGUGGGUGAGACAAAUGCUGAGCGAAAAAUUCUUAAACGGCAAUCGAUUGGAGCGCGGCCAAUUCCAAUGGUUCGGAGAUCUUCAUUUCCCGCGUUGCCUCUGAAUCCAGAAGUCCAAGCCUUGAUGUUAACCAACAGACAACCGUCUUUAGACAGUGAUGAUGAAAGUGAUGGAAAAGCUCGAAGAGUUCGAAUUAUACGUCGAUAUUAAACAAUUGGAUAUCGAUUUUUAAAACCAAUUCCACAUAUAACGAACAACGGCAAGCGAAAGCUAUUCCUCCUUUUUUAACUCGCCGCGCCACACAUAAUCUUUCUUAUUCUCUUUCGUUUCUUAAUUCGUUAUAUGUGGACCAGUCUUUAGCAUUUAUAAUGCGAAUACGGUUUUUUGUGAUUCAAUUUAAUGAAAUUUUAUGCUACACAUCAUAUUCUGCUUACCUUUCAAAAUAUCUUUUUAUCCAGUUUGACUGUAAUAAUUGUGUGAGUUUUGUAUUUCUAUCCUCCUGUUAAAACGAGUUCAUUAUUAACUAUGGAUAGACAAUAUGAAAAGAAUUACUUUUAAAUAAAUGCAAAAUAAAAUCUUAUCAGAGUAUUGUUACAUUUAUAAAAUUUACAUAUUAUUGUUAACUUUUGAAAUAAGUCUUUUGUUUGACCUAUAAAGUUGGGUCCAAAAUGAUAUUUAUAAUUAAUGUUUAAAUUGAUUUUAGCACCUCUGAUAGAGAACGACGCCAAUUAAAUAAUACUUAAACAAAGCAUAAUAUUCUUGGAAUUUCAAUAAAUUUUUGACAUUUAGUCAAGUUAACCAAUUGUACAUGUUAGAAAUUGACGAAUUUCCAAAUUUUUCUUACUGAGUGCUAAAAUAUUUCUAAGUUUUUACUGAAUAUUUCGAACAUCUUACCAAGGAUUCUACUAUAGCACGUAUGUACCUGCUCGAAUGUAUAUAUUAUUACUUAUUAUUUAUGUAAAGUACUAGAGACUGAACUAAUAAGUUAUCAAAAAUAAUUAAUCGAAUCUUUAUACUUAAUAACAAUUUUUUUAUUUAUGGAAAAGGAGGACAAACGAGUGCAUGGGUCACCUGGUGUUAAGUGAUCACCGCCGCACACAUUCUCUUGCCUGUUAUAGAGUGCAACCAGAAGAAUCAUUGGAGCGUAAGGUGUACGCGAUCUUUUUAAAGGUACCCAUGUCCUAUCGUCCCGGAAGCACCGUAAUAUAAGCCUCCAGCGGAUGUCCCCCAAGAUAUUAUAUAACGCUUAUAUCAAGGUCCUUAUUCUUAUAUAGAAAAUGAUAUUUAGAAAAUAUAAUAAUUUAAAAUAGAAUAUUAUAUACACAACUUCAGAACGCCACAAGUUAAAUGCCACCUCAUAUUUGACAUUAAAACAGACGUCGUGACAAUUCCCUAUUGGCCUAUUUAGCUUGGGGCGCAACUUGGGCGCAAGAAUGGGAAAUCCCAAUGCACCUUACCAUUUUUCAUCCACAUAAAAUUAUUGUCAAUAAAUUAUAAGCAUUACAAUUAUUUGCUGUUUGAUCUCGUUUGAUGUAAGAUUCAACACCAAGUCGCUCUCUCUAACAUCACUUAUAAUAAAAACGUCCCUUAUGUGUCACAGAUUAGCCUUCCUUCCUAGGCAAAAUCGCGAGCUACACCAACGUAACAGGGUAAAGGAAAAUUAUUUUUUGUCGAAUAGUAAACAAAUAUUAAAAUGGCUAUCGGCAACCUAAAAUUAUGAUACUCACAGAAAGAGCGGCAUUGUCAAUACUUUUCUCUCACUCGCACAACAGGUCUUUUGUAGUAAGUUCGUUGCUCCGUUCUAAGUCCUUACUCCUUAACCUAGAGCUUUACUGGUGGCUAACCAUUUACUGUCAAAGUAUUUGACAAUGUUUACAGUAAAUUACUUACUUCUGACUAUCAUAUGUUUUAGAAAAUAUUCAAAUGUUUGUAUUUUAUUAUGUAGAUACUUCUUCUGACUGAAUCAAUGUGAUAAUCCUUUUUCUAGAACUAAUAAGAUCCAAGCGCUGGCAGCUAUUACGGCCAACGGAAAUGCUGCCAGUGUUCUUGGUACACUACCUUGAAGUGAUAAAUAUUUACUUCAUGUAAUAAUAUAUAUAGUUAUUAGCAUUGUUUUGUUGUAUAAAUGUAUUAAAUGUUUUCUGAAAUAAAUAAGUACAUAAAA